UCGAUCGGAAUCGCAGGUGAAACGCUCUCUAAUCCAAGGAACGAUAAUAAAAAAAAACUCGGACGCGUCGAUUUGUGCCGUUGGUUUUCAGUAGAUUGAACAGUUUGAGAGACUUGUGCGCGAGUGCAGCGAGGAAACUUAAUCGUGAAGUAACUGCAAUAGGAGUAACAACAAGUGAAUGGGUUCCUAAUUCGUGUGGCCUCGUGCUAUAAAAGAAGAAUUGCCGUGUGAAGAGAGUGCAAUAUAGUGUCAUAAAAUUAUUUAAGAAAAUAUGCAGAUUGGCACAGUGUUGAGCUCGUCGGGGCUAGUGCUGUUGCUGCUGGUGGUCACCUUAGUGGAAUGCGCGGAGUCGGAACUGCCUGACUUUGACUUCGAUGCCCAGAAGGGCAGCGAAAACGAUGAUGCUGUCGAUGACGACGAUUAUUAUUACGUGAACGAGGGGGAGGAUGAUCAGCAGAUGCAGCCCUCGCACAAGAUCCUCAGCUACAACCGAUCCCUGGAGGAUACGGGCGGUGAUCGAGGGGGCGGUGGCGGUCCGUUCCUCAUGGAGGACGACGACACCAGCUUCGACAUGAUGGACGAUGUGGACUUCGUCGAGGACGCCGCCGAGAGCAAUUUCCAGCGUAAGCAGGCGGCGAUGCGACGGAUUAUGCUGCGGGCUUUCGCCAAUCGCGAUAUGCAGAGAAAGUUCGGCCAGGUGCUGCCCCUGCUGAAGGUGAUGACUAAGCCGCAGAAGGCGACGCUGGCGGCGCUGAUUUCGGCCCAGGUCAGCUCCAAGGAGGGGAAAACUUUGUCACUCGAUCAGGUUAAACAGAUGUUCGGCAAUAGGCAGGAACUGAUCCUCCCUCUGGUGUAUGACAUAGCGAAUAUGAUCCGUUCGGUGGCCAAGCAGGAAAGCUUACUGGAUGAGCGAUUCCCCACGGUGGAUGAAGAGGAGCGCAUUCCCACGAAUCAAUUGCUGCGGAGGAGCUUUUCCAUUCGGUCAGAGCCAUCCGGGUUCAAAGUUAAUACGAUAAAUUCGGUAGAUUCAAAUUUGAAGGAUGACCGAUUGGUGGUAGAUCUGAAGGAUGAUGAAGCGAAAACAGUCGAGAGUGCUGAAAAUGGACCGGAAGCCAGAUCGAUGUCUGAUGCGCCCGUUUUUGCGAAAUUGAUUCAGUCCAAGCCGCGGUACAACAUGCAGAUGACCAGGACGAAAGAUAAAACCGAAGAGCGGAUGACUUACCAUGAGAGAAAACUGAACAUGACGGCUUUCAACUCCACGAGGAAUCAGAAAGACCAACUGGCGAUGGCAUCGGAUGGCCCAAUUCCAGUAACAUUGCCGAAAGCAGGAUACUCCAACAGUUAUCAGAAAGUGCAGCCAACCAGCGCCGUAGUGACUGCCUCAACCACCCAACCGGAAGUCGAAACCACCACCCUAACGAUGGAGGAGAUUGAAGAUCUGGCCUUGUCGGGACUAAAUGGAACCGAACUGGAUGCGGUGGAAAGCAGCCUGGCGCAUGGGAAUGGGUCCGGUCCGGUGGCGGAAAUGUUGAUUGGUGGCGGCUAUCGAAACCGGGCGAAUCAGAUUCACAUGCUGCUACCGAGCGAGAGGUGUGAUCACUUUUCGUCGGGCGUGUGCAUCCGGGUGGAGAAUUAUCCAUCGCCACAAAUCAUGACCAGCAUUAGUCGACACCGGCGGGCUAUGGGAGCGUUGUUGGCGGAGUACAUCGACAAGAGCAACGAGCUCGACAAAAAUGCCUUCGAACCGGAGGACAUUGAGGCAGGAAUCAAUACUAAACUAACAAAACGUUCCGACGAUCCAUCUAAAUCGGGUGGUGGUAUGUGUCCGAGCAUCAUCCGUUAUGCACGACCGCAGAAGGCUCGGUCCGCUACCGGGGAGUGGAAGUACAUCGUCAACACCGGAGAGCACACGCAAACGCUUCGAUUGGAGAAGUGCACGACACCCCAGGACAGCUGCACCUAUUUGACAGACAACUUCCGUUCCCGUUGCGUUCAAAUUUACAACUAUCACCGUCUUCUCAGUUGGGAUACGGCUCGAGGUCUUCACGUCGACAUUUUCAAGGUGCCAACUUGCUGCUCUUGCCACAUUGACGGAUAUAGGGAAACUUUCCCUCCAUUCAACGGAGCAGCUGCUACAAACGAGUACGACACUAAGAGCGAUUCCUACGAGGACCCCAACAUCGCUGCCAGCAACGUCAUUCGGAACACGCAGUACAGUACGCUCAAAUUCGACAACAACGAUGAACCAGAAAACGUGGAGGGCAACAUCGCAUACCACUUUGCCAAUGGGUUCCAGCGAAUGAAACCGCCAAAAUACGAUAACGGAAUUCUGAUCCCACCAAGUCCCCCGCCACAUCAGUUUUCCAAGAGCCGCUUCGAGCGCCCCAAGCUGAUGCUUCCUAAAAAGCAGAAUUUGGCGCACUACAUGCCACCACCAAUUCUUGACACUUACCUCAGCCCACCACCAAACGAUGUCAGCCACUACACUCCUUUCAAACGAGGUCCACAUUUCACCAGCGAUAACUCCCUCAAGCGAACGGCUCAAAUCCAACCCAGCCGGAACCGACUACCCUUACGCAAGCAAAUCAAUGUCGACCAAAAUAUCGCCGAAACGGACAUCCGAAUCAACCAAGUCCAAGUACUGCCUCCCAACAAACAGGAUCGGCUUCCACCAACGCAAGCUACCGAGAAACAGCGGAAACGAUACACCACCACUCAGCCCCCACAAACUCCAGUGCACAAAAAAGAGAAAACCCCACAUUACCAACAACGACCCAAACAACAGCCGGUAAAACCGACCUCCAUCAUCCCGGUGACAUCGCCUCCCACAACCACUACCACCGCUGCCACAACCAACGGUCACCAGCGGAUCAACUACAACUACCAUCCCAUCAUCGACUUCUUCGAGGAGCAAGAAGCGCCGGAACUUCCGGAACAAAUUGACCGUAUCGGUCUGAAUAUCAACGGCAAUGGGCCCAUCAUGGGAUCCUCCAUGAACAGUUGGACGCCGGUUGUGCACACAAGCCAAGGCCGACCCAUGAGGAUACCGAUCUGAUAUGCCGCCACCUGCACCAACCAUCUUUCACCUCUUCUAGCUUAUUAAUUUAUUGAAACUCACCACGCGCGACAGCUUUGCGGUGCAUUGCUUGCCGACGUCGCCGCUGCGGUGAAAGCUUUCGAUGCGCGAAAGCUCUUUGAAAAUACUCUUUGCUUUGCUUUUGGGCGAUUUCAACGAUCGCUCAAGCGAGGAACUUGUUUCGCUCUCUUUCUUCUCUCUUGGCUGGCUGGGCUUUCGGUUGCAGCACACAUCACGAAGAAAUUUUCUGAGCUUUACUUGUUCCCUAUAGCUAAAAACGUGCUUCUAACGCGUUUUGCCCUCUAUCUUUGCUACUAACGUAUUCGAACGGUUCGAAAACUGUUCGAAUUGCCUUAGGUUAUGCGCACAACCCCGCACAUUGAAUUGUUGCUCAAAUUUCACUGUUUGACUUUAACUUAUUUCCAUCUAUCUACCCAAAUACCUGUUCGAGGGAUGCAUCGUACGUUUUGUGUUCCGAUAUGUAGCUAAGUAAGGAGACUACCCUAGUGUGUAAUGUUAAAUUUUAAUUUUAUUUAUGACAAACCGACGACGCCACAAACGAGCGUGUGGCGCUGAAGAAGGACCAACAAUUUUGCGUUGUUUUAUGAAAUACAUUGAGAUUGAAAAUAUGUAGGUUGAAGGAAUGGAGAAAUACAUUCGCUGUGAUUCUA